AUGAAUAGAGAUCCAAUUCAAAGGUUUCUAACAACAGUGCAGUGCGGCAUUGUGUGUCGUAUGUUCGACGACGUCAUUGUUAACAAUUGCAGAGCCAUGUUCUCUGUUACGCCGGCUGGCUGGUUGGUUGGCUACUUCAUUGCCAUUGCCUUACUGGUCGCUGCCGCUCAAGCCAUUCCAAUUGAAUUGGGACAUUAUGGCCAUGGACCACUGCUACAUGCUGCUCCUGUGAUUGCUCAUGCACCUAUUGCUGUACAUGCACCCGAACCAGUGGCCUAUCCUAAAUAUUCAUUCAAUUAUGGCAUCAAAGACCCCCACACCGGUGAUAUUAAAUCACAAACUGAAGAACGUGAUGGUGACGCUGUCAAGGGUCAAUAUUCCUUGGUUGAACCCGAUGGUUCUGUACGUACCGUAGACUACACUGCCGAUGAUCAUAACGGUUUCAAUGCUGUAGUCCACAAGACCGCACCCAAGGUUAUUGCUGCUCCCGUUCAUGCUAUCCAUGCCGCUCCCGUCUAUGCCCAUGCUCCAGCACCAUUGUUGCAUCAUUAUUAAAGACAAAAAA